AUGGAUAAAAGUAAUUUAAUUGUUUUUAUGACUGGUGCAUCUGGUUAUAUCGGUGGAUCAGUAUUUACAAGUUUACUAAAAGAUGGAUAUAAAGAGAUUAGAGUAUUGGUUAGACAAAAAGAACAAGCUGAAAUCUUUAAAAAGAUUGGAACCAAUGUAACACCUGUGAUUGGGUCAUUGGAUGAUAGUGAUCAGUUGGAAAAGGAAUCACAUAAUGCCAAUGUUGUAUUGAGUACUGCUGAUGCCGAUCAUCUACCAUCUGUAAAGGCCAUGUUAAAGGGGUCUAGUUCAAGACACCAAGACAAGAAUUCACCAUCUGUAUUCAUUCAAACGAGUGGUACUGGUCUAUUGACAUGGCAAGAUUGCUUCUACACUCAACCCUAUGACGACAACAACUAUGAUGACAUUCACAAACGUAUUUCAAUCACUGCACCACACAGAAAUGUUGAUCAAUGGAUCUUUGAUCAUUGUCCAUCAACCAAUGGUCUCAUGACUGCCAUCAUUGCACCAUCAACCAUCUAUGGUAUUGGAAGUGGACCGAUCAAAAAGAAUAGUGUUCAAGUUAUGAUUCUUGCAUUGGCAGCUGUGGCUAGAAGAAAAGCUGGUUAUGUUAAUCCAGAAGGUUACAAGGCUCAAUGGGAUAAUGUCCGUAUCGAAGAUGUCGUACAACUCUUUUCAUUACUCAUUGAUGGUUUAUUAAACAAAUCAAUCGAUCAUGGUACAAAUGGUUUCUAUAGUUGUUGUGCAAAUACUCAUACUUGGGGAGAUGUUGCAAAAGAAUUAGGAAAAGAAUUAAAGAAAAGAGGAUUGGUUGAUACUGAAGAGAUAUCUGAAUUUGAAAAACAGUAUGUCGAUCGAUACUUGUGGGGAGAAAACAAAAGACAAUGGAUGGAUAGUAGAGGUCUUUCAAAUAGAUCUAAAAAGAUUGGUUGGAAACCAUCUGGAAAGAGUCUAUUUGAAACUAUCCCUUCUGAAUUGGAUUAUUUAAUCUCUAUUGAUUAUUUUAAUAAGAAUAAAUAA